AUGGCUAAGAACCGCAAGAACAAGCGAGUGAGUCAAAGAGCAGGCGAAAGGCCCUCAGACCCUCAUACUCCUACUCCAUCACCUUCUCCGGACCGGAACUCUUCCAAGGGUGCCAGUUCGGGAGGAGCAUACCGGGAGGAUUCCCUUUCCCCCGUAAUUCAUCAAUCUCAUCAUAGACCGAGUCCUCCUCGGUCUAACAAAAGUCAGUCCGAUCGUAGGACUCAAUCAGUGCCUCAAAGCAGACCUUUGACCGUCCACUCUCACUCCCACACUCAGCCGAGGACCCUUUUAACGGGGCCUAGCUCGGAAGAGGUGGCAAGAGCAUUGGCGGUGCUAAUGGAAGCGAUGAGGGCACAAAAUAUGCCUCCACCUUGUGACCGAACUCCUCCGCAUACCAGGCAUCAACGGAGGAAGCUCGACCAUGAGGGGGAGAAACCUCCCUCCUUCAAGGAGCUAGAAGAGUGGGAAGAGGACACUUGGAGGACUGAAAAGGAGAGGAAAAAGAACCCUCAUUUUUUUAAAGGAUCCUCUACCUCUCGACCAGAAACCCACAAAAGCAGCAGCUCCGCCUCUCGGCCAGAAACUGCGCGCCGAGAGCGGCCAGAGACUGUUCGCCGAAGUGUCCUCGACCGACUCGGCGGCAGGGAGCCGAGUGUGCAUAGCCGCCUCUCGUUCCCUACCCUGGAGGAGGCUCUGAAUGCUUCGGAUAAAUUCAUCCGAGCCGAAGAGUGGAACAAAACAAAAUCCCAAUCCCAAUCUGGGGGUGGGAAGCAAAAACAAUCGUCUGAAGGCCAAGGCCAGAAGGCGAAAGGAAAGGCGAAAGCCUCGGAACAAUCUUCGGCCAACGAUCCGAAGAAGGAAAAAUUCGUUCCCUUCAAGGGGAGAUAUGAAUCCUACACUCCGCUGGCCCUUCCGCGCGCUAAGAUUUACAACGUGACAAAGGAAGAGCAGAGUUACAGGAAGCCAAGACCGCUCCCAGAGUGGUACCAGCGCAAAAAUAAAAAUCAGUGGUGUGAGUUCCGCAAAUCACCGGGAUACAACACUGAGGAAUGUAUCCAGCUGAAGGACCAAAUCGAGGAUAUGGUCCGGAGAUGA